CCACGCCUGCAGAGACAGGAGGGAGGCAGAACCCAGCAGUAGCCAAGGCUCUGCUAGAUCCAUGCAGACGGCCACGGGCGCAGCUUUCCAGAACACAGAGCUCAUUGAAAGAAAUAUUUGUCCUGGGAGGAGAGGCUCGGGCUGAUGAUCUUAACGAGCCCCAAUUCCUUCCAGACCCACUCGGAAGGCCUGGCGUCAGCACGCCCGGCUGGGUGAGCUCGGAGCGGCUCGGGGACUGCCGUGUGCCGGGGCCUCUGGCCACCCUCGCCCUCGGCGCUGUGCCAGGGCCGCUGAGCCGGAGCGCAGGAAGGAGCCUGUCCCUGGACGAGCCUCCUGCGUUGCCUCCGGGCUGCCCGGGACUUCUUGGGGUCUCUGCCUCUCUCUCCCUGCGCUGCAGCCCCGAGAAUUCGACCUCUUGGCAAAAGGCACAGCCCUGCUCGUCCUGGAGACGCUGUGCCGGAGGAGCUGAGUGUGCGGGACUCGGCACAUGCAUGUGUGAAGUCUGGGCUCCCUCAGCCCAGGAUGCCUCACAGUCCAGGAAAAAACCCCACGGAUUGAUGAGCGCACGCGCACCCGGCCACGAGCACUGCAGCUGUCUGUGAAGGCCACGCGGGGAUGGCGCUGGCACCUGCAUGAUUAUCGUCCAGCCCUGACCACACCGUGGACAAACCUCGAGGCUGCACGGGGACUGGUUCGUGUCUCCUGGCCGGGCACGUGGGCGCCAAGCGUGCUGGUCAGCCUCCCCAGCUGGGAUGCAGGUGACGGCCAUGUCGGUGAGGGUGCGGUUCCUGUCCCCCGGGGACGCGGCGGCCGUGGGGGCCGUGGGCCGCAGCGCCUCCUUCGCGGGCCUCAGCAGUGCGCAGCGCCGGCGGAUCGCGAAGGGCAGCAGCAGGAGCUCCGUGAGGUCACGGACGCCCGUCCGCGCAUCCAGGGCGUACGGCACGCUGCGCAAGGGCUCCGUCUGCCUGGACCCCAAGCCUCAGCAGGUGAAGCGGAUCUUCGAGGCGCUGAAGAGAGGCCUCAAGGAGCACCUGUGCCUGCAGCAGGCCGAGCUGGAUUACCUGUGUGGCCGUCACACAGACACGCGGAGGAACUCCAGGCUGGCCUUCUACUACGACCUGGACAAGCACACGCGCUCCGUGGAGAGGCACAUUCGGAAGAUGGAGUUUCACAUCAGCAAGGUGGACGAGCUCUACGAGGGCUACUGCAUCCAGUGCCGCCUGCGCGAGGGCGCCUCCGCCAUGCAGCGGGCCUUCUCCCGGUGCCCACCGAGCCGCGCCUCCCGCGAGAGCCUGCAGGAGCUGGGCCGCAGCCUGCACCAGUGCACCGAGGACAUGUGGGUCAUCGAGGGCGCCCUGGAGCUCCACCUGGGCGACUUCCACGUCAGGAUGAAGGGCUUGGUGGGCUACGCACGCCUCUGUCCCGGAGACCAGUACGAGGUGCUCAUGCGCCUGGGCCGCCAGCGCUGGAAGCUGAAGGGCCGGAUCGAGUCGGACGACAGCCAGACCUGGGACGAGGAGGAGAAGACGUUUGUGCCCACCCUGCACGAGAACUUGGAGAUCAAGGUGACCGAGCUGCGGGGCCUGAGCUCGCUGACGGUGGGCGCUGUGACGUGUGACAUCGUUGACUUCUUCUGCACGCGGCCGCAGCUCGUGGUGGUGGACGUCACAGAGCUGGGCACCAUCAAGCUGCAGCUGGAGGUGCAGUGGAGCCCACUGGACUCCGAGAGCCUCCUGGUGUCGCCCAGCCUCCCGGCCAAGGCUUCUGUGGGCAGCAGGAAGGGUUCCUUGUACACCUGGACCCCCCCGAGCACCCCCAGCUUCCGGGAGAGGUACUGCCUGUCUGUGCUACAGCCCUCGCUGUCGGCCCGGCCGAGGCCGCCAUCCAUCCUCAGCUUCCCGUCCGACAGCGACCUGCGGGGCCCCGGCUCGUGGGGCCGGAGCCAGGAGCUGCCCGAGAUGGACUCUUUCAGCUCCGAGGACCCCCGGGACACCGAGACCAGCACAUCGGCGUCCACCUCGGACGUGGGCUUCCUGCCCUUGGCCAUCGGCACCCCCGCCUCGGUGCAGGAGGAGGGCCCCCCGCCCCCGGGUCUCCACCUGGAGCAGCUGGACUGGAGGAACUUGGGCGGGGACAGCCCUGACCUGCCCUGGGGCUCCCCGGACCACCCUGGCACAGCCCCGUGUCGCCAGGAAGGCCGGGCCGAAGGGGAAGCCGGGGUCGGAGACGAGGGGCCCGGCCUGGCCCUGGCCGAGCCGCUGCAGGAGGUCCUGGCCUUGCUGAGCGCCGUGGGCCCCGCCCAGCCGCAGCUCCGGGAGCUGGAGCGCCAGGUCCUUGGCUUCCAGGACCGGCUGAAGCCCCGCGGAGGCCGGCGGGAGGAGCACGCCUCGGACGAGAGCCUGACCAAGUACAUCCUGGACAGCUUCGCCUUCCUCAACUCCCACUUCGCCUCGGAGCAGCUGUCCCUGGCCGCAGGCUCCCGGGGUCCCCGGGACCGGACCUCACCGCCGCCGUCGCCACCACUGUCCCAGGAGCUGACGGCCGGGGCCCCAGAGCUGGACGAGCUGCUGGCUGUGCACCUGCGCGUGUGCAGAGCUGUGCUGCAGAAACUGGCGGCCCCACAUGUGCCGAGGCUGGUCCAGGAGCGCCUCCUGGAGGAGGCGGCGCAGCAGAAGCGGGUUCUGGAGACGCUGUCUGUGCUGGACUUCGAGAAGGCCGGCAGGGCGGCGUCCAUCGAGGAGAUCAUCCCGCAGGCCGCGUGCAGGAAGGGGAGCCUGGAGCUGUGGAGGGGGUGCACGGGGCCCGGCGCGGUGCUGUCCUGCCCCGCCACGGUGCUGCUGAGCCAGCUCAAGAGGACGUUCCUGCACCGCGUCCGGGGGAAGCACCCGGGACAGCUGGAGAUAGUGUGCCGCAGGCUCCUGGAGCAGGUGCUCAGCUGCAGCGGGCUGCUCCCGGGGGCCGGGCUCCCCGAAGAACAGACGGUCACUUGGUUCCAGUUCCUCAGCUACCUGCAGAGGCACAGCGUCUCCGACCUGGAGGGCCACUUGGCCCAGCUCACCAAGGAAGUCACACUCAUCGAGGAGCUGCACGGUGGCGCACAGCUCAAGGCCGUCAGGAAGCUGCAGGGGAGGCGGCUGAGCCGGCUCCAGCCCCUGCCCCAGACCCUGGGAGCCUGGGCGCUGCUCCAGCUGGACGGGCCCCCGCGGGUGUGCAGGGCGGCCAGUGCGCGCCUGGCCGGUGCAGCCUGCAACUCCAGCUUCCGGGAGAAGGCUCUGUUCUUCUACAGCCUCGCCCUGGCCGAGGGUGACGCGAAGCUGCAGCAGGCUGCGUGCCUGGCGCUCAAGCAGCUCAGGGGCAUUGAAAGCAUCGAUGAGCUCGCCCGCCUGUGCCAGUCGGAGCUGGAGGCCGUGCGCACGGCAGCCCGGGAAGCCACGCUGUCGUUCGGUGAGAGAGGCCGCCUGGCUUUUGAGAAGAUGGACAAACUCCGCACGGAACAAGGGGCGGUCUCCUGCCAGGAGGUGGACGUUGAAAUCACAGUAUUUUAAAGCCGCGCACGGACAUCCCAGCUGGAACUGAGGGGUGGGUGUGCGGCGGCCCCAGGCCCCACGAGCGGCUUCUGCACAGGAAGAAGGGGGGGCAGCACAGCGCCCAGGGGGCCGUGUGGCCGCUCUCGGGGCUCCGCUUCUGGCUCGAGAAUGAUCUUCAGCCUGAUGCGGGGCUGGGCCAGGGCCAGGGCCAGGCACGUGAAGGCCUUGGAUCACAGGUUCCGGGGCGCACGGAAGGAACCUGAGGCUGCCCCCUGCGUGCUGGGACCGGGGGUGGGGGGACAGCCAGCUGGCUGGGCAUGGGGCGGCCCCAGUCACUUCAACAGCGGUCACCCCGGCAAGCUGGGGAAGAGGGGGGCUCCACAGCCACUUCCACAAGCUGCGCCCGGACGCUGGCGGCCGUGGCCAUGUUUACAGCACAAGGACACCAGCCGAGGCGGCCGGGCCGCUGUGGGCCAGAGCCCCUUCGCCUUGGCCACACCAGUCAAGGUGGAAUUCAACUUUUGAAACACGCCACCUUGGGGCCGGCUCCGUCUGCUGCGCCAGUGGCACUGGCGGACUCCAGGGAGGGCUUCGCUGCAGGGCACGUGGCUUUGGAGACAGGAAAGCCCCUGUCCGAGCUGCGUGUGGCAGGGGGCGAGACCACGGGCCCGGAUGUUGCUGUCAACACCAGCACCAGAGGGCGCUGUGUAACUCCAGCCGCCUCCUGUCAACUGCCUGUCCGCCCUGGGCUUUUUGUUUAAUUUAGUAUUUGCCUUGUUUGUGUGAUCCAAUUACAACUAUUUUAACGGCUACUUCACUUGA